AUGAAAAUACCAUAUAUUUUAUUUCUUUUGUGGCAUAUUGCUUACUGUGAUGAACAUACGCACACCUAUAAGGAUUCAGAACAAGUGGUGCUUUGGAUGAACACCGUGGGCCCAUACCAUAAUCGCCAAGAGACGUAUGCAUAUUUUUCUUUACCUUUCUGUGCUGGUACAAAAGUAACGAUUGGACACUAUCAUGAGACUUUAUCGGAAGCUCUUCAAGGCGUGGAAUUAGAAUUGAGUGGUCUGGACAUUACCUUCAAAGAUAAUGCUCCGGCACAACAAUUUUGUGGUAUUGAACUGGAUGAACAGUCAUAUAAAGCGCUUGUGUAUGCUGUCAAAAAUCACUAUUGGUAUCAGAUGUAUGUAGAUGAUCUUCCGAUAUGGGGGAUUGUAGGAGAAAUAGAUGGUGACAACUACUACAUUUGGACUCAUAAGAAAUUCGAUUUUGGUUAUAAUGGAAACAGAAUUGUUGAAGUAAACCUCACAGCUGAGAAUAAAGAACGACUAGUGCCUAAUGCGAAAAUUCCUUUUACUUAUGAAGUGAAUUGGAAGAAAAGUAAUAUAAAAUUUGAAGAUCGAUUUGAUAAAUAUUUAGAUCCAAAUUUUUUUCAACAUCGAAUUCACUGGUUUAGUAUUUUUAAUAGUUUUAUGAUGGUUAUAUUCUUAGUAGGCCUUGUGUCAAUGAUACUUAUGAGAACUCUUCGUAAAGAUUAUGCCCGAUACUCUAAAGAUGAUGAUCUGGAUGAUUUAGAAAAAGAUUUAGGUGAUGAAUAUGGUUGGAAACAGGUGCAUGGUGAUGUAUUUAGGCCUGUUCCACAUUUAGCACUGUUUUCAGCUCUUAUUGGUGCAGGGCAUCAAUUAACUGUAGUUACAUUAGCUGUUAUUAUUUUUACAAUAUUUGGUGAGCUCUAUACUGAAAGAGGUUCUUUACUCUCUACAGCCAUAUUUAUUUAUGCUGCCACUUCUCCUAUUAAUGGCUAUUUCGGUGGAUCUUUAUAUGCUCGAAUGGGUGGAAGGUUGUGGAUUAAGCAGAUGUUGCUGUCUGCAUUCUUGUUGCCAGUUUUAGUUUGUGGAACUGCAUUCUUUAUUAAUUUUAUUGCUAUGUACUAUCAUGCAUCUAGAGCUAUUCCAUUUGGAAGCAUGAUUGCAGUGAUGUCAAUUUGCACAUUUGUGAUCUUGCCACUUACCUUAGUUGGAACAGUACUAGGACGCAAUUUGGCUGGUCAACCUGAUUAUCCUUGCCGCAUAAAUGCUGUACCACGUCCUAUUCCGGAGAAGAAAUGGUUUAUGGAACCUUUUAUAAUAAUAAUUAUGGGUGGUGUUUUACCAUUUGGAUCUAUAUUUAUUGAAAUGUACUUUAUUUUUACAUCAUUUUGGGCUUAUAAAAUUUACUAUGUAUAUGGUUUUAUGCUGCUUGUCUUCUUGAUUCUCAUGGUUGUAACUGUAUGUGUGACAAUUGUUUGCACUUAUUUCUUGUUGAAUGCAGAAGAUUACCGUUGGCAAUGGACUAGUUUUCUUUCUGCUGGUAGUACAGCACUUUAUGUAUACCUGUAUUCAUUCUACUAUUUUAUUUUUAAAACUAAAAUGUAUGGCUUAUUCCAAACCACUUUCUAUUUUGGGUAUAUGGCUUUAUUCAGUUUAACUUUAGGAAUAAUUUGUGGUACUGUUGGUUACAUAGGAACUAGCCUAUUUGUGAGAAAAAUUUAUGCAACUGUAAAAAUUGAU